AUGCGAUUUAGCGAUUUGCAGGGGGGAAUAGACUCGUUCUUCAAACGGCUACCCGGCAAAAAGACCACUGAUGAAGAUGCGUCUCCAUCGCCAGCACCCAAGAAACGCAAAGCGCGCGUUAUUUCCAGCGACGAGGAUGAAAUACCCGCUAGUCCGCAAGUUAGCAAGCAUGGCAAGGAGUUGAAAAGGUCGCGCAAGGCACUGGACAUCAAAUCGCCCAGCAACGAUAAUAACAACACUGCUGCGAAGAAGCCGUCUUUGUCGAAGCUGAAGCCUUUACAGAAAGUGAAUCCCUCGGAUUUGUUUGGUGGGGAAACUAAACGCAUAGAAGCUUCCAAGCCCAAGGAUCGCAGCAUUGUCGAAAUGGAGGAUGAAUCCAUCGAUCGCAGUCUCAUGGAAGUCGAUGUGGAGCAAGCAACAUCGCCAAAAGAAACCAAAACCCAGAGUCCGCCUGCAAGUCGCAAGCGCAGCCCGAAGCCAACUCCAGAAUCGAAGAGCGCUUCUGCAAAGAAGCCCAAAGCUGCCACACCACGUGCGAAGCAGGAUCUGGAGACAAGUGUUCUCACAGACGAAGACAGACACGAGAGAAAGCGCAUGGCUGCCGUGCUCUAUCAACAGUAUAAGAAUCGCAGCAGCUGCUUGAAUCCGGGCAGCAAAGAAAUACCUAAAGGCUCUCCGGAUUGCCUGAAGGGUUUGACCUUUUUAGUGACAGGCAUACUCGAAUCUAUGGAACGAGAGGAAGCUGCAUCGGUGAUUAAGGGAUUUGGAGGUCGUGUCAUGACUGUGGUGGGCAAGAAGCUCAACUAUUUGGUUGUGGGCGAGGAGGCGGGACCCAAGAAACUCGCACAGGCCGAAGAACACAAUGUGACCAUCUUAAGUGAAGAUGGACUAUUUGAUUUGAUAAGGGAACGAUCUGGCGAAAAGAAAGAUGAAGUCAAGGUAAAGAAGGAAACUGAAGAGAAAAGCAGCACUUUGAAAGUAAAGAAGGAACCUGAAGAGAAAAGCAGCACUUUGAAAGUAAAGAAGGAACCUGAAGAAAGGAAAAGCUCCUCAAAUGUUAAAAAGGAACCUGAAGAGAAGAAAAUGAAGAAGCAAAAUAGUGAAGAAGAUAAACUGCAGCAGAGCAGCAGCUUUAAGAAAGAGGAAAAGAUGCACAGCGUUAAAGUAAAGCAGGAGCACAAAGAAACCGAUUCCACGAUCAAAAAAGAGGACAACAAUAACAUGGACAACGUCAAGCUGGAAGACAGCCUCAACAUGGCCUGGGUGGACAAGUAUAAACCCAACAGCAUCAAGGAUAUUGUGGGCCAAGCUGGACCCUCCAGCAACGUCACCAAACUAAUGAACUGGCUGUCUAAAUGGUAUGUCAAUCACGAUGGCAAGAAGAAGCCUCAACGCCCCAAUCCAUGGGCCAAAAACGACGAUGGCAGCUUCUUUAAAGCAGCCCUGCUCUCCGGUCCGCCAGGCAUUGGUAAGACGACAACAGCGACUCUGGUCACCAAGGAGCUGGGCUUUGAUGCCGUCGAAUUCAAUGCGUCGGACACGCGCAGUAAGCGACUGCUAAAGGAAGAGGUGGCCAGUCUGUUGGGCAACAAGUCACUGUAUGGCUAUGUAAAUGGGCAGUCGCAAGCGGUUUCCAAGAAGCAUGUACUCAUCAUGGACGAGGUAGACGGCAUGGCGGGCAACGAGGAUCGCGGUGGUAUGGCGGAGCUCAUUGCACUGAUUAAGGAGAGUUCGGUGCCCAUUAUUUGUAUGUGCAACGACAGAAAUCAUCCAAAGAUACGUUCUUUGGUCAAUUAUUGUUACGAUUUGCGUUUCCAGCGACCUCGGAUCGAACAGAUCAAAGGACGCAUCAUGAGCAUUUGUUUCAAGGAGAAGCUCAAAAUGACGCCAUCGAAGCUGGAGGAAAUCAUUGCAGCUACCAACAAUGAUAUUCGUCAGACCAUCAAUCAUUUGGCUCUGUUGAGUGCCGGCGAAAAGCUGCCAGAAAUGUCAACCGCAAGCCAUCAGGUUGCGUCCAAAGAUCUAAAGCUGGGCCCUUGGGAAGUGGUGCGCAAGGUUUUUACGGCCGAUGAGCACAAACAAAUGAGCUUCUACGAUAAGUGUGAUCUGUUCUUCCACGACUACAGCAUGGCUCCACUUUUUGUUCAGCAAAACUAUCUGCAAGUUCUGCCGCAGGGCAAUAAAAACGACAUCAUGGCCAAGGUGGCGGCUACUGCGGAUGCUCUCAGCCUGGGCGAGAUGGUGGAUAAGCGUAUUCGUGCCAAUUCCGCAUGGAGUCUGCUGCCCACUCAGGCCGUCUUUAGCUCAGUGCUACCCGGUGAAUAUAUGUGCGGUCAUUUCACUGGCCAAAUCAAUUUCCCUGGCUGGUUAGGCAAGAAUUCCAAGACGACUAAGCGAUCUCGCUUGGCCCAGGAGCUGCAUGAUCACACGCGAGUGUGCACCUCGGGCUCCAAGCUGUCGGUGCGUUUGGAUUAUGCACCGUUCUUGUUGGCCAACAUUGUGCGUCCGCUGGCCAAAGAUGGACAAGAAGGCGUCGCUGCAGCACUAGAUGUGAUGAAGGAUUAUCAUUUGUUGCGCGAGGAUUUGGAUUCGCUGCUCGAACUUACUGCCUGGCCGGGCAAGAAGUCGCCCAUGGAUGCAGUCGAUGGCCGUGUGAAGGCAGCACUCACACGAGCCUACAACAAAGAGGUCAUGGCUUAUUCCUAUUCAGCACAGGCAAAUGUUAAACGGAAGCGUGCCGAGGCAGCUGGUGAUGAAGAAAGCGGUCUGCUGGGAGGCGAAGAGGAUGAGGAGGGUGGCCAAGCGGUUGCAUCGGAUGAUGAUGAUGAUAAAGAUGAUUUGGAGUUGGAUGGACUUAUUAAGGCUAAGAAGAAGCCAGCUGCAAGCAGCACCAGCAAAGCCAGCACUUCAAAAGCAGGUGGCAAAAAAGCAAGCACUGCGUCAAGUGCGGCUAAAUCUAAGGCGAAGCCUAAAAAAUAAGAUACAGCUAACAAAGCACGUUAUUAUUAAGUUGCAUCCACUCAUUGUAAAGUCCCCAUGUGGGCGAUCUACUAUUUUUUUCUCAUAAAUUGUAUGUUAUAUUUAUAUUGAAUCAAUUAAAACUUUUCGCUUUUCA